UAGUUAGUCAACAACAGCUAAGGUAUAACUAUCGCAGAAAAAAUCAAACAAUUCUUUCUUUUCUCAUUUAAACAAAACUCUCACUCACUCUCUCACCGAAAUAAAGUAAAAAUCCGAGAAAACCCGCAGUGUAACAAAGUAUAUCCAGUGCCGAUUUAAAAAAACAAAACUUAAUUUUUUUGUGAUAAACAAAUUGCUUUCACAAACGGAAAAAAAACUCAGUUUACUAAUUGUGGCGAAAAAUAAAGAAAAGAAAAUUAUAUUCUGAUGCCAUUAGAGAAACACUAAAACUUUUUGUUAAAAUUUUUGUGCUGUGAAAAGUAAGAUUAUAAAUACUUUUUUAAAAUUGUUAUCAAGAACGCUGGCAGAGGAAAAUCCUGGAAAAUCUACAAAUCCAAAAAAUCGAUCACUAAAAAUUUUUGCUGAAAGUUAAAAGUUUAAGAAGGUUUAAGCUUCUUUUUGCAGUGAAAAUUAAAUAUUUUCGAUGAAAAUGGAAAUUCUGACAGUUCAAAGCCAUUUCGGGCAAAAUCAUAUUAAGGUGAAAGGAUCCAAUUGGACACCAGCAACGCUUACACCGCCUAAAAGUACAAAACCUCACCAAGAGGAUGAUGACGAACUUUUUCAACUUCCAACUUUUAAUGAUGAAGCAAUUCAGCAAGUUUCCGAUCUGUUGACAAAGACACUUCGUGAAGCUAAGCAUCGUCAUCUAUUGACUUGCACAGAAGUUUUACUUCCAUGUGAACUUUUGCAAAGAGUUGCUGUCGAUAUGUUGACAUCUAGUGACGAAGAAGCAUGUGGAAUCAGAGGAUGUAAUAUUAACAUAGAAUUUGAAGACGAGAUGGGACAAAAAAGGCGUAUUUCGUCAAUCAAGACUGAUCCAAAUACAGUUUCAACUUUUGAGCUCAUUUUGACUUUAAAACAGGAUCGAAGCGGAUGGACAUCGACCCUGCCACAAUUUUUGAAAAACCUUACACGUGGAGGAACCAUAAUGAUAAGUCGUGAAUUUAGUCUCGUCAAAAAUAAGUUGGGCUAUUGUUUCGACUAAUUUUCACACAUCAAAUCAUCCCAUUCAGCAUGUUCAUCGUAUUAUCGACAUCAAAAUAUUAGAUAUUGUUAUCCAAGCUUAUAAAAAAACUUCAGGUAAAAAUAAAACACGGUUAAGGGGAAGGAAAAGUUCUUCCUAGUCGAUCUAACCCCCAUUUAAUUAACCACCACUUCAAUUGAUUAAACCCACCACAAUAAACCUUUAAUUAAGUUUUCUAAAAUUUUUCUGAGCGGAAAAACAUUUUUGUGAUAAGAAAGUUUUGUGAAUGAUCUUGAGUGAAAGGACAUAAAACGAUAUUUAUGUUCUGGGAGGGAAACAAAAUAUUUUGAGUAUUUUGAAAGAAAUGCCGUACUAGAUUUUUUAAAUAGAAUGUGAUGAAGAUGAUGAUGAUGGUGAUGAUGAUAAUGAUUUGUCACUCAAUCUUGAAUCUAUGCACCAUGCACUCAGUGAUGAGCAACUCCUUUUAAAAAAGAAGAAAAGUUUUGUGAUUUAACUAAGUUUCCAUAAUAUUUUACUGAAAAGAUCCGUUUGUUCAUCCGAACGAUGAUGAAAAAAAUGAAAGAAAAAAGAAUCUAGUACACAAUGAAAAGUCGAUUCAUAAAGAAGAAGAAGAAGAAAUUAUGUAUUUUUUAUAUAUUGAGAUAAAUGUUGGUGUGCCCUUCCUUUCAUGUGAAAUUAACUUUUGUGUCGUUUUAAAUUUUCCUAGAAUUUUCCAAUUAAAAAUCAAACCUUAAAUUAACAUUCGUGAAUGCUGAUUAUUUUUGCAUUGAUAUGAAAAUAAAUACUUUUUCUUGUUUCUUUCAAUGUUAAGUUUAAGAUUGAUUUUUCACAAGAAAAUGAGAAUUAAAAAUUGAGAUAACGAAAGUGUAUCUUCAUCAAAAUAAUAAAAUUAAUAUUAGCAGAGGAAAGAAGCUUUGAAAGAAAAGAAAAGAUCAUAAGCCACUUUCUUUGAUGAGAUAAUAAAUAUUUGAUGGCUAUAAUAAUAAAUGAUUAAAAUUCGAGAAGUUUUAUAAGCGAAAUGUGAGAAGAAAAAAAAUGUGUAGAAAUUUAAGCAUAUAAUUAAUCGUGAUAUGACAAAAGUUCAAAUUUGCGUAAUAUUAAGUAGGAAUUUUUCAAUUUCAAUUCAUUCAACAUCUUAAUAUGAUUACUGAUCCAAAUUUUAAAUCUGUAUGUUUUUUGUUCUCUUUUAUUUUCCACGAAACCUUAAAACAGAUAUUUUUACAAACAAUAGUUCUCUAUUGCUUCUGAAUUUUGACUCCAACAGCGAUUUUUCAUAAAUUUGUUUAAUUAUAAUUCAUGAUUCGUUUUAACACCUUUUUAACAAAAAAAAAGAAAAAAACACACACAAAUCAAACGAGAACAUAAUGAAUAAAAGUCUAUUUAAUAAAAAAAUGUGAUUUAUCAAUUUGAAUUAAAAAAAGUAGAAAUUUAACAAAUUUCCCAAUCCAAAAAAAUAUUCUUAUAAAUGUGAAACAAAAAAAAACUUAGGAUGUAGUCAAAAGUCCCCAAUAAUAUGGAAUUCAAACAAACAAAUAUAAAGCAACUUUCUUGUAUUCUUAACAAUGGGAAGUUAAAUGUUAAUUUUUUGAAAGAGAAUCAUGGUACAUACAUAUAUAAAUUCUGAUACAUUGAGAAUUUUUUUUUAAAUUUUAUGUGUUUUCAAAGUAGAUGUUUGUUUAAGAUAACACUUCUUUAUGAGUGAUUUCAGUCUUUUCUUUUAAUUUUUUUUUAAUUGAUGAUAGAUUAAAAAUUUUCAUUUUUCUAAAUUUUUUUAAAAGUUUCUUUUUUUAUCGAAUCUCGACUCGAUCUCAAAACAGUAUUAGUAACUAACGCGAAUAUUGAAAGGAAAACCAGUUGCUCCUGGUUCUAUCAAUCAUCUAAAUGAGAUGAAAUGAAUAUGAAAUUGUUUUUCUUGGUAGUAACAGGAGUAGAUGUAGGUAAACGAAGUAUUAGUUACUUUUCCCUUCGAAACGAUAAAAAAAAUAAAAGUUUUAAGCAUUUCUUAGUACAUAUAUCCAAACAUUGAUUUUCUUACUAAAUCAUUUUUUCUCAUAUUUACCAACAACACUUUUUCUAUUAUAAAAUCAUACAAAUAUUUGAUUUUAGAUUUUCAUUUGAAAGAAGAAAAUAACACAUAAAAUAUUAAAGUAUCAAACAUGAUUACUCUAAAAAACCAAUAAUGAAAAAACGAUAAGAAAAAACCGGAAAAAUCAUAAAAAGUUCUUUUUUCUAUAUCUCUAGUGUUAGCGUAGGAUUUUUAACAAAUUUUUCAAGUAAUAGAAAACAAAUAGAAACAAAAAAAAACAAAAAAAAAACAUUUUAUAACACAACAAAACUAAAGUUUAAAAACCAGACAAAAGAUGGAAAAAAGAUCAGUGGAAACAAAGGUUGAAACUGUUAGAAAAUCCUUUGUUUACUUGAUGUAAACGAUGAAAAAAAAGUCAAUAAAAGUGAUAAAAAGUUCAAUGAGAAACAAAUUAA